UCUCCGGCGUGGUCUAGUGGGAUUCUACUUCCGGCCGUGAUAGCAAACGGACGUGUGUGGAAUGUGCUCCGCCGGAGCGGUAUCAGCGGCCCAGUCGGGCCGCGGAAACAGGUUUUUUGCUGAUGAAGCCCUGGACUAUCAAGUUAUUUUGCCGUCGCUGCCAACAGGUGCGUCUGUAGCGAAUACUGUUUUUCUUCACGGGGAUUUGAAAGCCAGGCCUUACCGUGUAGAAGACUUUCGGGACACGUUGGUUCAUCUCGGAGUGCUUCCUGAAGUGAUAGCUUUGGGGGCGUUCCAGAUGAACCAUGUUUGGGCCGUCACUUUUAAAAGUGCAGAAGCUACGAAGAAGAUGGUAGGAAUUGGGGAAGUUCUGGUCAAGGAGAAACGGUGCCUUGUGGUUGACCCCGAAAAUCAAGAAGUGCGCAUCAAGCUUUACUGGGUGCUACAUAAUGUUCCGGACGAAGAAGUGCGCUCUGCUCUAGCACCGUACGGGAAAACAAGUGAUAUCUACAAGGAGCGCUGGCGAGUGCACGGAAUAGCUGACAAAGGCUCGUCUACGCGCACGGUUGGUCUAAAGCUCAAGCCUGGUGUAACUCUAGAAGAUUUACCCCAUCAGUUGCGGGUUGCAGGAAUCAUGGCUCUACUCGUUGCGCCGGGACGCCCACCGCUAUGCUUGAGGUGCCAUGCCACAGGCCAUAUCAGGCGCGACUGUCGGGUACCGCGUUGUGCCAAAUGUCGGCGAUAUGGCCACGAUGAAAGCGUCUGCGUGCGAACCUACGCAAACGUGGCCGGAGUCAAAGCAAGCGAUGAACUGUCGACGGAACAUCUAAUGGACGAGGCAGACGCGGCCGAAACUACCCCCGAGGCAGACAGCUCGCGAACUAUUGGUGCAGCAAACGUGUCACAUGUGAAGCAAAAGGCUGCAGUCAUUAUUGCGGAAGACACAGCCAUCGCUUCAACAGAGGCUGUAGAGACACUGGCGAUGGGCGCUCCAACGAGCCAACACAUUGCACCUGACGCGAGUGUCGAGCAGAGCCCUGAGACAACGGACGUCAUUAUGGCAAGUACCAGCAGCCCUGCACCAAAACGACUCCAUGAGGAUGGCAAGGAAGGGCACAAGACCGACCAGAACGCAACGGAUGAGCCGCCUGUGAAAACGACACCCCAUCGAAGGACUACAUUUAAACCCGCACCGAAAAUACCGCUCGAGCCACGGCCCGAGCGGAAACCGCCGGCCCCGCCGGCGACGUGACAAGGUGUCGAGCCUUCUUUUUUCCAACCGGACACUAUCAGCGGAAGGGACCGGAAAGACAGUGUGUUGACGUCGUCACGGCGAGAUCUAAAUUCUAAUCAAAAUGGCUGGAACGACUAGGAUUUUCUAUAAAAAUGUGAGUGUUUUGCCGUCUUGUGAUAAGCAAGGGAUACUAUGCGGUUUGUGUUUAUAAAAACAAAAAUGGCUGUUACUUUCCGAACGCCUCUUUAUGUAGGCACUCUUAACGUGCGGGGCCUGUCGACACGGAGAAAGCAAUACCAACUGAGUCGACUUUUUAUGGAAAAUGACUUGGACGUAAUUGCCAUACAGGAAACGAAGAUCGAAAGUCAGGAAGGAACAAACCGCAUGGUUGAACCUUUUAGGGCGUACUACAAUGUAUGCGUUGCGCAUGCAGUAGGUACAGCCGGUGGUUGUGCGCUGUUUCUGAAGCACACCACAGGCAUAUCUGUAGAUAGUGUGUACGCGUGUGACACUGGACGACUUAUUGUAUGCGACAUAACGUUGCAAGCCCAGAAGGUCCGAAUAGUUUGUUUACAUGCUCCAAAUGCAUCAAGUGAGCGCCGAUUGUUUUUCGAAAGUGUUGAACAUUAUCUGAAUUGUGACAGGGCAAUUAUAAUGAUGGGGGACUUUAAUUGCGUAACCAGAGUAGAAGACAGGACAAGAGAUGCACCGAUACGAGAUGCGAGUGUGUCGGUACUAAAUGCGCUGACUGAAGGUCACCUGUUAGAAGAUGUAGGGUGCUUCCUGUCAAAUGGCACAUUGCCUCGGUUUACCCACUACCAGGGGGACAGCCACGCUAGAUUAGAUCGUAUUUAUGUUUCGGCAGAUUUGGCACCGGUCUGCAAUAAGUAUGACGUUAAAAACGUUUUCUUUAGCGACCAUAGUUUGGUUGUGUGUGCGCUAGGUCCGAGGAAACCGGCGAAAUUUAACUGGCAGCUGUGGAAAUUCAAUGUUAAACUCCUCAAUGAUGAGGUAUAUAUGAAGGAAACAAAAGGAAAAAUUGGAGACCUACUAGCACAUGAACCGGAGUGUUAUGCGGAGGCAUGGGAACAUUUUAAGGAAAACGCAAAAAUCUCAGCCAUCGAAAGAGCCGGGGCAUUGCGGAGGAAGCAAAACAAAGAAGAAACUGAGCUCCAAAGCCAGCUUGAUUUUUAUUUAAAUGCAGAAGCUACAGCUCCGGGUAACUUUGCCAGAGAAAUUAAAGAAAUUAAAAACAAACUAGAAAUUAUUAAUACAGAAAAGUACAGGGGUGCAGUUGUACGAGCACGUGCGGAAAAAAUGUAUAUGGGUGAAACCCCCACCAAACGCGCUCUAUCAGAUGAAAAAAGCUAUGCGUCGCGCAACGAAAUAAAAGCGAUAAUGUACAGAGAUGAAGUUGUGCAAGACGAGGAACUGAUACGUCGCGCAUUUGUUGAUUAUUAUCGUGAUUUAGUAGGCCACGAACCACAGAUUGCGGAAGGUUUUCAAAGCGAUUUCUUGAUACACAUGCCAAAACUUGAAGCAGAAGUUAAAACGAAUCUCGAAGCACCAAUCAGCGUUACAGAGCUUGAGGGGGCAAUCGAUGAAUUGAGUACAGGGAAAUCGCCAGGCCCUGAUGGUUUUGGCUCAGAAUUCUACAAGGCUUUUAAAACGGAGAUAGCAGUUGUCCUGCAUAACGUAAUAAAGGAGGCAUACAGAACAAAGAAGUUGCCUCCUUCUUUCACGCAGAGCCAUGUUGUACUUUUUCCAAAAACAGAGGAUCCAGCUGCCUUGCUCUCUGUACGAGCCUAUCGACCGAUAUCCCUAACGAACACGGACUACAAGAUAUUCGCUAAAGUUUUGGGCAGGAGACUGCAAAGUGUUAUAACCAGGCUUGUGGGGCCGCAUCAGACUUGCGGCAUAAAAGGAAGGUCCAUUGUAACAAACAUACACGUGGCUAGAACCGUCCUGGAGUGCUGUGAUGCGUACUGCGGGAGGGUCGCCAUGGUACAACUGGAUUUAGAGAAGGCAUUCGACAGAGUUGUGCAUAAAGUCCUUUUCAACAUUCUAGAACACAUCAAUGUCGGGAAGGUCCUAUCAGAAGGUAUAGAAAUGUGCUACGCAGACAUUUCUAGCAGGAUUAAAAUUAAUAAAUCAUUAACUGCCAGUUUCCAGAUAAAGUCCUCUGUUAGGCAAGGAUGCCCUUUGUCUCCGUUACUGUUCGCGCUGUACCUGGAGCCUUUCUGUUUGAAAAUCAUGUCAUCGAGUGCAAUAAAAGGUUUUAGGUUGAGCACAAGCGAGGUUAAGCUACUUACGUACGCUGACGAUAUUGCAGUUUUCUGUUCUGACCAAGACAGUGUCAGGAAUGCCAUCAGUGUGGCGAGGAGUUUUUGUAAAGUGACCGGAAGCGUUAUCAACUGGAGCAAAUCUUUGGGCUUUUGGCAUGGGGAUUGGGACGAUACCCCGGACGUCUUUGAAAGCAUGCAGUGGACGGUUUCGCCAACGAAAUACCUCGGGGUUCCUUUAAAUCACUACAAAGACACUAGUGAUUAUUGGAGAAAUGAAGCGGAACAAAUAAAAGAAAAAUCGACCAAAUUUGGAGGGAGAGACUUAUCUAUAUUUGCAAGGUCAACAGUAUGUAACCUUUUUCUUGUAGCCAAGAUUUGGUACGUUCUGCAAGUACUGUGUGCGACGAGAGCAAGCAUUCAAAGACUCCACAGAGUGCUAGCAGUGUAUAUAUGGGGAUCAACUUGGGAACGUACAAGCCGCACAAAUUUAUUCCGGUCAGUGAAAAGUGGCGGACUGGGCUUGGCGCAUUUGUUUCUAAAACAGGUAGUGUCCAGAUUUCUCUUUAUACGAGAGCAAAGCAAUGCUUUCCUACGUACUGUGAUUCAAAUGCGAUUGUGUGACGUUAUGCCAGCGUUUAUUGUGUCGUCUGAUCGGGUUGAUGGGCCGAAAGUACGAGGCUUCCUGCGAGAAGUCGUCUGGUCUUACGAGUUCCUCGCAGCACGGUUCUCAUUACAGUAUCUAAGCAAUGUCACACGAAAGAAACUGUACAAAGAUGUUGUUGAUGUAUGUAUGCCAGAACCACUGUAUCGCACCAUGUUGUCAAUAGGAGCAGGCAAAGACGUACUGAAAAGGGUGAAGCGGAUGCCAGUACGGUCCACGGUGAAAACGUUUUUCUUUCACUUGCACACCGGAACUCUGCCCGUUAAACCGUGGUUAGAGCAGAAGGGUAUCUUCGUGCCUUGGACGAUAAACUGCUUAUUGUGCAAGCAACCAGAAACUAUCGACCAUAUUUUUCUUGAUUGCAUAGAUGCCACCUUCUUAUGGGACAUACUGCAACGAACUUUAAAAAAAGAGCUACCGAUUACCCCAUAUGGCAUCCGCUUCCUCCCAACCGAUAAUGACGAAGGAGUGCCGCAUGACAUGUUUAUGGCUUUAUGUCUUCACAGCAUCUGGAAAACGAGAAUGGCAGUGUAUCAUGCAGAUAUGAACGCACAGCCAGCCAGAGAGUACUUCAAAGAAAGUAUUGCGUUUAUUCGUGAGCUGUAUAAAGCACAGAUUGAUCCACCAGCAUGGAUACCUGUAUUAGAUGCUCUUGUAAACCUGAAGCGCUUUUAAA